AUGUCUUCUUGUUCAAGUAAAUGUUUUCAAACUACCAAGAAAACACCUUUAAUAUUGCUCCCGUAUCCGCCUACUAUCAAAGCUUCCGACAUUGUAAAUAAACGCAAACCUUCCAAGGUUACAUCAAAGAGUCCAAAUGCCUUUUUGAUUUAUCGCAAAGCGUUCUUAGAACAACUUUCAAUUUUAAAACACAAUCUCAGAAUGACUGAUGUCUCAAAAUUGGUCAGCGGAUACUGGAAGAAUGAACCGAAAUAUGUGAAGGACGCUUAUCGUAAAAUAGCGCAAGAUGUGGAAAUCGAAUUAAGUGAAUUACGCAAGCAAACGGUAUCCUACAGGAUUAUAUGGAAAAAUUCAAAAUAUUCGACUGUUCGUAAACGAGGAAAGACGGCGAAAAGUCAAGAAAGUAAGCCCGAAGCGAUUAAUUCAAAAAAACCAACACAAAACUGUGGAAAUGUGUUUUAUCAAUUUGUACCCACCUCAUUUCCUAACGUUGAAUUUACUUCAAAGCCUCCCAAAAAGCAAGCAAAGGAGGUCAUCGCACCACCAUCUCCACCAUCUGAUCUCAAUGAUUUACCCGAGAAACCACAGCAAGAAUUAGAAUUUAACGAACCAUUUAAUGAGUAUAUCAAUUAUCCGGAGUGUACCGAGUGUAAUGAGUAUGCUAAUAAUAAUAAUUUGGAAUCCAAUUUACAAUUAAUAGACAAUAAUACGAAACAAUAUAGUCAGCCUAUAGAACAAGAAUAUUUCAUUUUUGAGAAACUGGAUUUCGAUUGGUAUUUACAAAACAUUUACCCUAAUUAG